AUGGCGGACCCAGAGGGAAGGUCGAGUGUAGACUUAGAAGAUUUCAAAUUUAUUUCUUUACUCGAGUAUUCGGCGGAUAACAGAAAAGUUAGUCGGAAAAAGCACUUACUGAAUGCCCGUCAGGAACAAUUUUUCUUACCCGAAGGACACUGUUCGUGUAUUUUAUGGGAAAAAAGUCCGAAGGAAUCCGAAGAGAAACAUGUGGGGAUAUUGUUUCUUGGAGGAGCUAGAUACAAUGAGCCGUCCACAUGGGAGUUAGGGAAUUCCCUUACUCUAAUGGAAUUCAUUUUAUCCAGUAGUGAUGUUGAAAUUAAUUCUUGCAAUGUGUUUGGACCCGAUAAAUUGAGAGGAUCAUCUUUGUUUCCCUUGCAAGGGAGUACGCUCAUCAACGCACGGUCAAAGUUACCGCCUGAUCCUGAGGAGUAUGUUUUGCUUUUGUGGGGAGGGAUAGAUACGAGAACCAUGACAUGUACGAAUGAGCUGAUGAAAAUAAAUGUUACUGCUAAAGACAAGCAAAAUAAAAGGACAGCAAGUGGUUCUAAAAAGAUGCCCGAGUCUUUGAAUUUUGAAAUAGACUUGACUGCUUUAACUGGGAACAAAACACCUUCAACUGAAGGUUCAGCUUUUCAAAUGGGAACAGUUCCUUCCCCAAGAACAGGGCAUAGUUUUACUACAAUUUCAAGUAAAAGAGCCAUUCUGUUUGGUGGGGUCACCUUAGAAAACCGCCUUGAGGGUGUGGACAAUAUCUUUAGGCAAUCAUGUAAGGAUGGAAGGCUAUAUGCCUUCAACAUUAUGGAGAAUUCUUGGACAUGCUUGUCUGAGGAAAUCCCUCCAAGAGCUUAUCAUGCUGCAGUGUUUCGGUCAGCAACAAGCACUCUUUACAUUGCCGGGGGUAUUCAACUGGCUGAUGACCAUGCAGUUGAGUAUUGCAGUAUUCAUGAAGUUACAGCAGUAGAAUUUAACUUUGCCACAAAUACAAUUUUGUCCUCUUCUCACCCAUUCCACAAAAAGUGGGCCCAAUAG